CUCUCUCUCGUCAGUGAGUCUGCGCGGCUCGAUGCGCGAGGGCAGGAGGAAGACAGACAGACAGACACCGAGGCAGAAGGUCGGACCGGAUGAAGCCCGGGUCCCGGUGACAGAGACCGGCAGAGCAGCAGUACCACCGAAGUGGAGAGUAGGGGGGUGGGUGGGGGGGCUGUACGAGAAACUCAAAGAAGUCGGGAUGGACGGAAAAGGUACCCUGAAGAUGUUCACGAGGAAGAAACGGGAACUGAUCAAAACACCUUCCAUCUCCAAGAAAAGCCGAGCAGGAAGCCCCGGGCCCCAGAGCAGCGCCCCUGCUCUGUCCAUUCUCCAGGAGCAGCCUCGUAAAGAUGCCACCGCCACUGUCGACAUCACCCUCUCCUCUUCGCCAUCCUCCACAACCCUCACCCCAGGAUCCAUAGCCGGGCUCCAGGACCCGUCCCUGUCCUGCCCGGGCACCCCGAGCACCCAGCAUGGGAAACUGGCAGCCAUGCAAGGGGUGGGCUGUCCGUCUCCUGUGGCCACCCUGAAGAGACCGACGGCCCUCAGCAGACACGCCAGCGCCGCAGGAUUUCCUCUCCAGUCCUGGGUGUUCACCAAAGGCCAGGGGAAAGGGGCCCUGACCCCGACCACUCCGUCCGAGAGUCCAGAGAGCACGGCCAUCGAGGUGGAGGACAUACCGGCCCUGCUGAGGGACGUGGCGCGUUUCGCCGAGGCUGUGGAGAAACUGAAGGACGUGGUGAUGGCUGAAGGUAAGGAGAUUCAGCGGCCCAUCGCUCACGAGUGUUUGGGCGAGGUGCUACGGGUUCUGCGUCAGGUGAUCAACACGUACCCUCUGCUCAACACGGUGGAGAUCCUCACUGCUGCCGGAAAACUGAUAUCCAAGGUCAAAGGUUUCCACUAUGAGGCUUGUAACGAGGCAGAUAAAAAGGACUUUGAGAAGGCAAUUGAAACCAUUGCAGUCGCUUUUAGCAGCAACGUGUCUGAACUGCUGAUGGGGGAGGUGGACAGCAGCACACUGCUCUCCCUGCUGCCCACUGAGAAGAGCAGGUCGAUGGAGAACUUGUACACUGCAGCGGGUCAGGGAGGAGACAGCGGCCAGUUCAGGAGCGACCUGCAGGACAUGGGCAGAGCUGAGGAAGUGGAUGUGAUCCUCCAGCACAGUGAAGGGGGGGUGGACUCUGCCCUGCUCUACGCUAAAACCAUCUCCAAGUACAUGAAGGACCUGAUCAGCUACGUGGAGAAGCGAACCUCAUUAGAGAUGGAGUUCUCCAAAGGUCUCCAGAGAUUAUACCAGUCCUGCAAACACAACAUAACACAUCCCCACAUGCCUCUGUUCUCCAUCUACUCUCUUGCUUUGGAGCAGGACCAGGAGCAGAGUGUGGGUCUGCAGCAGGCCAACACCACCCUGCACACCCAGACCUUCAUCCAGCCUCUGUUGCAACGUAAACAGGAGCAUGAAAAGAGAAGGAAGGAAAUCAAGGAAUACUGGAUUCGAGCUAAGAGAAAACUGAUGGAGUGCGAGGUGAACCUGCGGAAGGCUAAACAGGCCUAUGUGGUCCGCUGUGAGGAGUACGACAAGGCCAAAACAGCAGCCAGUCGAGCUGAGGAGGAGGGAGGGGGAUCCACGGCAAAGUCUGUGGAGAAGAAGAAACGGGUGGAGGAAGAGGCUCGCAACAAGGCGGACGAGGCGGAGGCCACCUAUCGGACGUGUAUCGCUGAUGCCACCGCUCAGCAGCUGGAGCUGGAACACACAAAAGUCACAGUGCUGAGACAGCUGCAGGAUGUCAUCAAACAGAGCGACCAGACCCUCCGCUCGGCGACCAUCUCCUACUACCAGCUCAUGCACAUGCAGACGGUUGUGUUGCCGGUCCACUACCAGACUCUGUGUGAGAGCAGUAAACUGUACGACCCGGGCCAGCAGUACGCCGCACAUGUGCGAGAUCUGCAGCUCCCAGAACAGCCGACCGUUCAAUAUGGGUUUGAAGCCUACACCCCCUCCAGCACCUCGUCCACAGUGCUGGGCCACAGACCCAGAAAUGACAGUUUCAACACAGAACCGACCAGCCACGCAGACAGUCCUGCAGCCAGUGCGGACACAGCCACGGGGGACAGCAGGGACACCGAGGUCCAACGAAAGAGACAGGGCCACAAAUCGUGGGGGUCAACGGUGAGUGAUGACAGUGUCGUAGGAGACGGCGCUCUGGACUCUCCUACUGCCAGCUCCAGUGACAUUAGUAAAAUAGCUCGGACGUCAUCCACCGGUACUAUGUCGUCCAAUGAGGAUGCAGAUGAGAAAGACGGGAACGUAGCCUCAUUUGAAACUCCAAAUAUUAACGGGAUGGAUCCUGACGUGGUCGUGUCCACGAGACCUUUCCGGAACAUCGGCCUCUCCAAAGCCGCCCAGACCCACCGGCUGAGGAAACUGCGGACCCCGUCCAAGUGCCGCGAGUGUGACAGCUAUGUAUAUUUCCAGGGGGCAGAGUGUGAGGAGUGUUUCUUAGCGUGUCACAAACGCUGUCUUGAGACUCUUGCCAUCCAAUGCGGCCACAAGAAGCUGCAGGGUCGUCUGCAACUGUUCGGUAGGGAGUUUUCUCAGAUAGCCAGCUGUGCCAGUGACGGCAUCCCCUUCAUCAUCACCAAAUGCAUCUCCGAGAUCGAGAGACGGGCCCUUAAAAUGAAGGGCAUUUACAGGGUGAACGGGGUCAAGACUCGUGUGGAGAAACUGUGUCAGGCCUUUGAGAACGGCAAAGAGCUGGUGGAGCUGUCGCAGUGUUCACCGCACGACAUCAGCAAUGUCCUCAAGCUGUACCUCAGACAGCUGCCGGAGCCCAUCAUGCCAUUCCGUCUGUACAACAGGCUGAUGGGUUUGGCAAAGGAGAGUCUGCACAGCGACGGAGACUCACCAGAGGCAGAGGAAGCAGAGUCCACUGGUCCGAGCCCAGCUGUGGGAAGAGGACCGGAGCUGGUGGAUCUGGGCCCGGACACUGACCCAGAGAUCCUGGUCUUGGUCGAUAAGCUGAAGGAGCUUUUGAAGGAGUUGCCCAAGGCUAACAUUGCUACACUGCGUUACAUUGUUCGCCACCUUCGCAGGAUUGCAGAGCUGGAGGAUGAUAACAAGAUGAGUCCCAGUAACCUGGGCAUCGUGUUUGGACCAUCCCUGAUGCGUCCCCGUCCAACUGGGGCCACAAUCUCCCUGUCCUCCCUGGUUGAUUAUCCCCACCAGGCCCGUAUCGUGGAGGCCCUCAUAGUCUUCUAUUCAUCCAUUUUUCAAUCCAAAACCUCUCAGUCCAACAAAACCUGCCGCUCUGCAUCCAUCUCCACACAGCAGGACAGUACAGCAGAUGAAAAGACAGCGAGCUCUCCUGAUGCAGAGGAGGAAAGAGGCCAAGAAGAACAGAACAAACCGGACAGUGACAAAACUGAGGAGGGAUGUGGCAGUUCUUUGGGGUCCCUGGGCUCCAGCGAGCAACUUCCUGACUCCGACUCGGAGCCAGAGGACAGCGGUCAGUCGACUGGACUCUCUCAGAUGUCCUGCAGCCUGGUCAAGCAGGAGAGCGAGGUAAGCAUGGAGGACGACCAGCUGAGCUACAGGGACAGCCUGGACCUGUCCAGUGCAUCUGCAACCCACACCGAUCAAGACCAAGAGGAAGACCACGAAAACCCAGAUGGAGAGGAGCCCCCCGCUCUGCCAGACAACGGUCCCCCUGAUGAAGACGCAGGAAUAGAGGAAGACGUCGCUGCUUCCUUGGCUGAGCUCAACGUGAACCAGUCCAACAACAACUACCCCUGCUCCCCUGUCUUAAGCCUAUCAGGGCUUCCCCUGGCACGUCUCUGUGGAAAGAAACUGGCCCUGACCAGAAACAGGGACAGUGAGCCUGAGUUUGUCUGAUGUAACAUUGAAAAUUGUGUGAAGUUUGUUUGAGCUGAGUAACAGGAAUCUGGCUUUUCCAGUCAAACCCAGUAACACCUGAACUUAAGAGGAUUAUUUCUUUGUGUACAUCCAUAUCAAAUUGAAGUUUUUAAUCUGUGUAGAUGUUUGUGGUUAUAUUGAUCUAUCUUGGCAGUGGGACUUCUUCAUGCUUACUUUUGUCUGAUGCAAGUAACUCAUUUACAUGAUUGAAAAAUGUAUUUUUAUGCCAGUUUAUAUUUUAAGUGGUUUUCUCUUAGAAGCUUGAGGAAUAAGUCUGUGCAAUGCAGAAUAUCUAUGCAUCCCCUCGUAGUGCUGCUGGUUUUAUUUCAGCACUAAAAUUUAAAGAUUUAAUAGUUUUUCUUAUACAUGUUGUCUGGACUGCCUUAUUGAUGUUUGGUCUAUUUUAAUAAACACCCUUUAUUUUAAGCUCUA